AUCAAACUUCCGAAGAAGUAAUUAGCAAAGUUAGAAUGGGUUGUAAGGAACAUUUGCAAACAGGGGGUCCUUUUUGGAUACUUUAGGCGCUAUGGGUAACAGCUGGCCUAGUGGAAAACCAAAUGUGCAUGAAAUACUUGUUAAUCACAGUAGCGAAAGAAAUGACGAGGUAGGGGACAUUCAAGAUAAUAGUUCUACUUUCUUACAAAAAGCCACCAAGAACGAUGUGCAGUUACCACCAAAGGGAACACAUCUGCCUGAUUCUCUUCUAAUAGAGGAUCAGAAAGUACAUUUGUCUAAUAUCCAUGCUACGUUGCAUGAAACCUUACCAAAUAUACUUAAAAACAGAAUAGAUGAUUUCCGCAUUCCCCACAAUCAGGAAGAUAAAUCUUUAAGUUAUACUGGCACAAGGGCUUUAAUGCAAAAUGUAUUUAAAACAGUCAAUCAUGUGCAUCAGGAGCAGUCUACUCAAUCUGAUAUCAAAGAUGAAAACAAUGUUGCCGAAACAGCCAUUCUGGACAAUCCAUUUUGCAUCCGUGCAAAUGAACACCAUCCUCCCCCAGGUAUUUGGCUUGAUAAUAGCAGUCCUGAUCUCCUCCUUGAUAUCCUGAAGCCAGAUAAUUCUAAUCAUAAAAAUAACGGCCAACAUGGAAUCGUCAGCGUCAAAGACCAGAGGAGUCAGGUGGAAAUAGUUUCUCCGCUUGACCAAUUGCUUCCAAGUCCAGAUGGAGCUAAAGAUGCAUCAGAAUUAAAAUCAGUGGCCAGCUCAAGAACCCAUCUCCAACCAGUAAAGCUCUUGUUUUGGAAACAAAUCAGUCUAAGGAACUAUACCAUUCAGGAGGAGACUUUUGCGACCAUAGCCUUGGAAAUGAAGGAAUCUUUCCAGGAUCUGUGGCAACAAGCACGUUACCCAGUGCUCUGCAGCCCUGUUCUUGCUACACAGAGAACUUGAGAAGGCACUUGAUAAUAGUCCAGAUAUGAAAUUUCUCUUAGAUGAUCUGCAGCCCAUCAGUAAUGACUUGGAAGCUCUAAAAAUACAACUUGAGCAAUUAGAGGCAUUUGAAUCAGGACUUACGGGGUUGCUGUCACCUUGCGAAAGAUAUGAAGUUGGCAGAAGACUUUCUGGAAUUACAAUCCAGAGAUGUUCCUGCAGAGCAGGAACUGAAGAUUAAAAGAAACUUACAAUUGCUUAGAGAGAGAAUUCUCUGUGGUCUGUGAAAUGUCUUCAAACCGAGCAAAGCAAAUAGUCUUUGCUGUAGACUCUGAAAUGGCCAAGCUUGCUGUAUUGCAUCAGGAACUUUUAGUCAGUCUUCAGGAGUUCACAGAUUGGAUUGUUGAAAAGAGUGAAACGAUGGAUAAUUUGACGAUGGCGGAUGUUGGUGAUGUGGAAGAUGUGAAGCAAAAGCUUCAGUUAGCCAAGGCAAG